AUGCUGCUGUUCACUGCUCUGCUGCUUCUCAUUACUGCAGUUUCUGCUGAGAUUGUUCUGCCUCCAACAAACGUGACUGUGAUAUGCCAAAAUCUCACAACCAUAGUCCACUGGGUAUACAGCGAGCAGGAGCCACCAACCAGAUUCAGGGUAAACAUCAAAGGAACUGGAGCUCACUGGGAACAUGUGAAUGAAACCACAGACCAUCAGUAUGAUCUGAGCCACUUCAUCUGGGAAUCUGAUGAUCACUACAUGGACUAUAUUUCUGUCACUGUAACGGCCAUACAAGGAGUCAAUGAGUCCGAAUCUGAGUCUAUAUCAUUCUCCUAUAAUGAUAAAAAGACUGUUAAUUUCAAUUGCCAGUUAGAUUUCCCUCCUGUUAAACUGACCGUGGAUGGUUCGCUGAGUUUCCAGAAUCCACUCAACUACUACAAACAACUGAACCAGGCCGUCAAGUGGGGUGAUCACACUUUUUCGUUCCAAGUGUUGGUAGACGGGACUGAAUAUUCUGAGAACUGCGGACCUGACCAGAACAUCUGCAGACUCAAUGUCCCUGGGGCCAAGAAUACGUGUGUUAAGCUGAAAGGAGGAUUGUUUCAGAAUGAAAUUGGCCGUAUACCUUUCAGAGAAAAGGACAACAUCUGUGCCAGUGAAUCAGAUGGUUAUAAUCCCCAUGUGAUGACCCUUGUUAUAAUGCUGGUCGUCCUUCUCCUCAUUAUCAUUGGGGUAACUUUCCUCAUCUGCAAAGUGAAGGCAUGGACAAUGAAGACACCGCCCAAACCAAGUACUCUGGAACCUCUGAUAAACAGAGGACCAGGGAAUCACAUUGUGUCUGAAAGUGACCCAAGUAGGGUUGAAGUGGUCGCCCCCAACCGCAAGAAGAGCCUCUCAGGCAGCUCGGAGGAGAUCAAUCACUACGGGAGACUCGAAGACGAUAACAGCGCCGGCUCUGAUCUCCAGGACGCUCCCAGGUCCGCUUACCAAGAGAGAAGACUUUCAGAGAGCAGCAGCGAGGAACUGGAAGCUGGGGGGCUGACGUCAGAGGGACAAAGGACAGAUGACGACUCUCCAGAUGACUCGGUGAAAACGGAGUGUGUUUCGCUUGUUUCGAUGGAGGAGGAGGAGGAGGAGGAGGAGGAGGAGGAGGGAAGGUCACCCUACGACUGUCCACACACUCACGUGGACAUGGGUGAUGGAGAUAUGGUAGUGGGAUACAAGGAGUAG